AUGGUCCGCACUCGAGUUUUGCACCUCGAGACGCUGACGCGCGCGGCACGCCGGGAUGCGUCGUAUGAUCCAGGCAAUGAGUCGAAUUCAUCUGCAAAGAUCGCCCGGCGAAGUACUCAAUUACCACUUCCAGUGCGGGACGACGACACAAUUAGUGUACUGGAACCAGGGCUUGUCAAUGUCGUGACUAAGCCCCGGAUUGAACGUAUCGAGGUAGUAAGUCCUGGCGAAAGCACGUCGGACGAUUCAGAUAAUUUCAACUACAGCAGUAUUGUGCUACAAAAUGUGGAAGAGCUUUACUGGGAUCCCUUGGGAGAGUUAUCAAACUUCAGAGUUGGGGAGCUUUCGGCAUCGGCAAACUUCUCUGUUAAUAUUCGUACCGAGUCUCGUGAAGAAGUGUGGCCAAUUAAUAUGCAUGUUCUGGAAUACGAGCCUUCGGGCAAAUUGUUCAAGAUUACACUCAAUGACACAGAGGGAUUGUCGAAGUAUCUAAAGCAAACUCCAGUCGAACUAUCCCCAGCGCGUUUUUACUUCUUAGAGGACGUAUCGAUCCAUGCAUCGCCAAUAGUCAGCCGAUUGUUGGGCUGUAGUAUCGACGUUUUUCGAGACCACUUCAAGCGUGCCAGCGAUGAUGUCGCGUUUUUACUUCCGAGUAGAAGCUACAUCCAGGAUCAUGUGGUCAUACCCUAUCAACGUUGCUACAGACGCAGCUCUGCUAAAUCUAUCUGCGAAGUCCAAAAUUAA